UAAAUCAGAAUCCGUCUCCCCGCCCCCGAAGGCGAUUGGCUCCGACACCGGAAGUCGCCGUGAGGACGGGCAGCGCGCGGCGGCGUUCGGUGUGUGUCAGAGGCCGCCAUGUUUGUCCUGGUGGAGAUGACUGACACGGUGAGGAUUCCUCCCUGGCAAUUUGAGAGGAAACUGAAUGAGUCCAUUGCUGAGGAGCUAAACAAGAAAUUGGCCAAUAAGGUUGUAUACAAUGUUGGUCUCUGCAUCUGUCUGUAUGAUAUUACAAAAUUGGAAGAUUCAUACAUAUUCCCUGGGGAUGGCGCAUCGCAUACCAAAGUGCAUUUCCGCUACGUGGUCUUCCAUCCCUUCCUGGACGAGAUUCUGGUUGGAGAGAUUAAAAGCUGCAGUCAGGAUGGCGUUCAUGUUUCUAUUGGAUUCUUUGAUGAUAUUGUCAUCCCACCAGAAUCCCUGCAGCAGCCAGCAAAGUUCGAUGAAGCGGAGCAGGUGUGGGUAUGGGAAUAUGAGACAGAAGAAGGGGCCCACGACCUCUACAUGGACAUCGGGGAGGAGAUCCGCUUCCGAGUUGUGGACGAAACUUUUGUUGACACAUCACCAACAGGUCCAAGCUCUGCAGAGGCCUCCACUUCAAAUGCCACAGAAGAAGUCCAGAAGAAAGAAGCACCCUACACUCUUGUGGGAUCAAUCAGUGAACCAGGCCUGGGACUCCUGUCAUGGUGGACAAACAGCUAGCUGCAAUCAGUGCCAGCUCCGCAGAGAGUCUUUCCAGUGGAUGUUUGGGGGAUUGCGGGAUCCUGCUGGUGCUCACUGCUUCUUUGAAGCUGAAUGAGAAAUUAGACCUGCCAUUCUGUUUCCCCUUCAGCUUCCAACCUGCCAGAUCAAGACAGUUGCUUUCAAGAAAUGUCUUCACUGAUCUGUAGAAGUGAAUUUACAGGGACAAAAAGCCUUGAGCCCAGCAGCAACAAACCCAGCUGGAGCUUUUGUCUCCUGCCCUGGAGGGAAAGCUGGGGAGGUCUUCGCUCACCUGAAUUAAGAAGGGAGUUGACUUCAAGUGAGCGAAAGUGGGAAAGAAUGCCUGUCUAGAUGUAUUGUUUCCUUGGCCUGACAGCUUGAUUUUAGAGGGGCAGAAACCUGCCAUUCUGACAGGAACUGGAGAAGAAACAGCAAAAAACUGGAGCUGAGAGAUGUGGCACUGAGAUCUGGAAAAUCCUUCUGCUGGGAGGGCAAGGGAAGCAGUGGUAGCGUUCUGCAGAGAAGGGGAACUUAAUGAGUGGAUGAAAACAGCCAAAGAGAACUGGAACGAAAGUUGUUUACUCACAAGUAAUGGGCUCUGUGAAGAUGACGGCCGUGGAAAAGGAAAGGCUGCUUAUUGUGCUGAACAAAAAUACUGCACUAGGUGGGCUGUAUUUGUUGAGAAUGAGCUAAACUUUGCUGGAGCUUGACUGAAAAUACAUAAUUAAGAACUGAAAUGGACCUGUGUUUGAGCAAGUUAAUUAUGUUUGUGGGAGCGUGUUAAUGCUAGAAUUGGAAUAAACAGUAAAAGCCACACA